UCGAUUCACUCUUAAUAUUUAAAAAUAUGGGUGGUUGUGCUGCCCCAAAUUGUUCGAAUCAAUCCAAAAAUAACUUUAGGUUGUUUCGUUUCCCAAGAAAUGAAGAAAGACGAAGAAAAUGGAUAAUUAAUUCUCGUCGAGAUCAAUGGAUUCCGGGCCCAGGAGCGUAUCUUUGUGAAGUACAUUUUGAAGAAAAUCAAUUUGAAUGCUCUAGGCAAGAUGGGCGUAAAAAACUCAAGCCCAAUGCUGUGCCAACUCUUUUCAAUGUGCCUAAUCCCCCACAACUGUUGACCCCACAGCGUCUUAAAAGGCAUUGGGUUACCAAAGCACCGUUCAGUUACAUCCAAUUUUUGGUGGCUUGCAGCACAGUUCACCCUUUAUCAACUGAAGUGAUUUCUGUUGCUGAACCAUCUGUUGUUCAUUUGCCACAACCUUCAGCUUCAUAUUUUGGAGAAAUAAAUUUUGCUGCCGAAGUAUCUGAUUAUAUUUCAGGUUUGUUUCGCAAGAACAAGCUUUCAACUUCAUCUUGUGAUAAAGUGCCAUCUAUUUGUGAAGGAUCUCAUGAUGUUCUUUUAAGGAAUAUUAUAAAACAGCAGACUGAAUUGAUCUCGCUUCCGCAAUGCCAGAACAAAAUAUUGCUGAAUGAACUUACAGCACCCACCCUAAAAAAAUUAAGAAAACUGGCAUAG